AUGAGUGCCGUCGCUAUGCCAUUUGAUUCGACGUUUACCAUGGGUCCAAGGCCGACGUUUACUUGGCCAGGUAGGAGUUCCUAUCAGCGUCUCUCAAGAGCCUCGCAGCAACGAAUGUUGACGACGGUGGCAGGUCCCCUCGACACUGGCUCAACGAGCAGCAACAGCAUUCUCGGCACGGAUCUGAAUUCGAUCAUCAGUGGAUCUGAGCCCAGCAUGACUCCUCCGAGCGAAACAAAGUCACUCGCCUCGAGUCCUCCUCGGACAACCAUGACUCCAGAACUGCAGGAGCUGAAACGCCAAAGGGACCAGGUCCGACGAGAUUCAAAAAUGUCUGCUCGAUUCCGGCGGGCUGAAAGCAACUCGUACACAACGUCGCCGCCAAUGUCUAUGGGCGAGGUGUCCAAUACCAUCAGCCUUCCCGUGUACACCACAGCCCCGUCGUCGGUGCCCUUGAUGGCAGCACCAGCGGGAGCGCUUGGGAGUGCGCCAUUUUUGCAACCGUACAACCCGAACCUGGCGGACCAGUCUCAGAGUAGCGGAAUGUUUUCAUCAGCGUAUCAGCCUCUACAACACGGCUACGGCGUUGCAAUGGAGUACCCGCCUAGCUACGCGGGAGAGUUUGCCCCCCGAGCUUCUUCGAUAACGGUACCCCAAGAUGCUGGGAUGCUAUAUCCGAUGCAAUCAGUCGCGGUGCCGCCCACCACAACCCAAGCUAGCCAGGAGGGUGGUCACGUUCGGGUUGUGCAGAGCCGACCAAAGCCUCGUUGUUGGGAACAUGGAUGCAAUGGACGGCAAUUCUCUACAUUCAGCAAUCUGCUACGACACCAGCGCGAGAAGUCAGGACAGGCCGCAAAAGCAUCGUGCCCGAAUUGCGGUGCCGAGUUUACGAGAACGACGGCGCGCAACGGGCACUUGUUACACGACAAGUGCAAGCAGCGCCGAAAGACGUGAUGAGACACUGCAGCACGAGGGGAGCCCACAUGCGCUCGCGCGCGCGCGCGCGGUUGUCAGCCUCAGACAUCGAUGCGGCACAGCCGCCAUGCAUUCGGUCCCGACGGGGACGGGGACCAGGGUCGUUUUCGCAAGCCUUAGGAUCGGCAGCAGCGGUCUCGGUCUUGCUGACCGAACUACGUUCCAUUCAGCCCAUCCAUGUCACGAGGGCUUCAUCUUGCCCAUGGUCUUGAGCUGCUUUGAGUCCGACAAGAUAUGGGCACUGUAUCAACAUCAUCAUUAGGGACCUUGGGAGUUCCACGGAAUGGCGCAUUGCUUUCAGAGUGGCAUCGGGCCGAGACAGAACAUACGAUGCGGUCGUCGCGCGCCGCCUGAAUAUGGUUAGAGGGAGCGGUCCCCAGCAAGGGCAGGUGGACGGAGUGGAUCCUUUGAUUUCUUUGUGCGAAGCGAGCUGGUGUUCUUCUACCUACCCAACUGUAUGCUGACAGCAGAGACGACUCGACGACGGCGGGGUAUGGGAGGCGUUGGAGUUCUUUUUUUGGCCCCUUCGGGAUAGGGUCGCAAACCAAAUUCUCGAUAGUUUCUUCUUUGCCGGUGCCGAGACGACCGACAUUCUUGGGGCUUUCACAGUGUUGUGAUCCCGGCUGGCAAUAAUGGCUAGUCGUACGCUGGAAUACUACGCUGCGAUGGAUGCCACAACUGUAUUCGAUCGUGGGCUAAUAGCGGUGGCUAGUACGAAGUACGUCUGCAGCGACUGAUCCCCACAUGGGGUCUUCGGACACCUAGUGGUCGCACGACCCACGGACGCGCGCGAAACGGGAACGCACGGUGAGCUCGCUGCCAAGCAUCACCUGCGCUACGCUACGCUGUGCUGUGCUGUGCUAUGCGGUGCUGUGCUGUGCUGCGCUGCGCUGCGCUACGCUGCGCUGCUCCGGCGGAUGUCAGGCCAACGAACAACAUGCCUCUGGAUUUCAGACAGCCGCCGAGACUAGGUACGGCGCCCGUAGCGGCGGGUAUUCUGCCAUGUUGUACGACGGCCCAACGCCCAGCACAGCCUGCGCCAUUGGUGGGCGUCAUACUCGCGCGGCCUAGUCUGCGAAUAGCAUGAGCGUGUACAACCUUGUGAGGGCCACGACGGGUUGGCCCAACAGAGCAGGACGCGGCGGGCAUACAUAGACGCAUGACGUCUGGCAGGGUGGCGGCGGUGAUGGUGGUGGUGGUGGAGGUGCGAGUCCAGUCCCCUCAUACAGCAAGUGCAUUUGCUCUGAUGGAUCCCAUAUCAGACCAAAACCAGUCAGGCCAGGCGCAGGAGUAGGCGCAGGAGUAGGCGCAGGCGCAGGCCCAGCCAGCAUUGAGCAUCGGGCUAGUAGCCUGAGGAUGGGCGCCGGGUUGGGCGUGUGUCGGAAACAUGCCGAGGACGGGAUCCAGGCGGAAGCGGAGACGGGAGGGAGG